AUGUUUUUUCCGUUGUUUUAAAAUAAACAAAAAACAAUAAAUAUAAUGGAAAAAAAAAAAAAAGUUGAGACUUUUACUUUGGAAAAAAAAAGUUGACCGGAAGUCACAUGGUUGUUACUUUAAACACCCCCCGGGGUUGUUACCUACUCCCACUGUUCCUCCAUUCAUUCAUCCCUCCCGCCCCCUCCUCCUCAGUCCACUGCUGUGCGCCGCCAGCCUCACCUCUUCCUCGGCUUCCUUCACUGAGGAUCACCGCUGGUUCUCGCUGCGCCUUUGUGGAGCUUUAACGGAGAAGAUGAGUCCCCGGUACCGGAGCUGGUGGUCCGUCUGGUCGUGCCUGCUGAGCCUGAGUGUUUGGACCCGGGCUCUGGAGCUGGAGGAGCUGUUUGAGUUCGGAGAAGAAGCCGGAGACCGACGCCUGCUGCCGGGCUCGGACUCCACCGCAGAGCUGCCUCUCAACGGAUCCAUGUUCUUCUUCGGAGACACCUUCGACAAAGUUUACAUUAAUACGAAUGGAUUUGUGUCUGUUGUCGAGCCUCCGGCGGAGGAGGAGUACCUGGGAAAGAUGCCCGCCAGUUUCAAAAUGAUUGCAGCGCUGCUGGGAGACCUGGAGGACAGCGAUGGACAGGGGAAGGUCCACUUCAGGUGGGACAGCAGCCCGGAUGUACUGAGUCGAGCCGCGGAGCACGUCCAGCAAGCUUUCCCCAGAGACGACGGAGUGGAGCCCACCACCGUCUUCAUCGUCACCUGGGAGAACAUGGCCGCCCGGGGGACGUCUGGACGAGGAGACGGACUGGACACUAAGAGAAACACUUUCCAGCUGGUUGUGGCGUCUAUGGAGUCGUCCUCCUGCGCCAUCCUCUUGUACCCCCGAAACGGCCUGCAGUUUCUCUCCACGUCAGUAGGGGGCGAGAGUAAACUCCUCGAGGCUGGCUUCAAUGAAGGCCUCGUGGAGAGCUGGUUCUGGAAGGCAUCACCGGGGACGUACUUCCGCAGCACCACCGAUGAAGAGACCUCCAUCAGGGAACUCACGGAAAAGACAAACUCAGGACAGAAUGGAGUUUGGGUGUACGAGAUCGGCUCCUCGCCAUUCUUCGCGGCCAUUACACCAGGAAUGGUCAUUAGCGAACCUGAGGAGGAGGAUGCCACCACACCUUCCGUAACCAUGUUGCCAGGGAGACCUGAGGAACCCCAGGUGGUACCAGAAGAAAAGGAGGAGUUCCCAACUGAGCCUCCCAGAAGAUACCCGGAAGAUGAGACCAUCACGCCAGAUUACGCCGAACCAGAGACUGAAGAACCAGAUUAUGAAGAACUGGAAACAGUCACUCCAACAUACACCGACCCUGAGAGGGUUCAACUAAGAUACCCCGACCCAUCUGAGCCGAGAUACCCUGACCGAACCGAGACCAGAUACCCCGUCUCUGAGCCUUUGCAACCAAGAUACACCGUCCCUGAACCCAUUGAGCCUAGAUACACUCCUGUCGAGCCGCGGUACCCUGACCCAGAUCCAGUCGAACCACGGUACACCAACCCUGAACCAGUCCAACCAGUGCCACCCCGUUCUCGGCCCCAACAACCCCAGAUCGUCGUGGUAGACGAAGAUCUUGAUGUGAACGUAUUUAGGUACAAUUCGGAGACGUGUGCCCACAACAGGCACAAAUGUUCGGCUUUCGCUGACUGCCGGGAUUACAGCAACGGGUACUGCUGCCAUUGUAGGCCUGGCUACUAUGGGAACGGGAAGGACUGUGUCGCAGAAGGAAAACCUCAGAGAAUGAAUGGAAAGGUGAACGGUCGAGUGUUCGUGGGGAACUCGCCUUCGCCCGUGACGCUCAGUAACAACGACUUACACUCGUACGUGGUAGCCAACGACGGACGGGCCUACGUGGCCAUCAGUAACAUCCUUGAGGAGGUGGGACCUUCCAUGCUGCCGCUGUCCUCCCUGGGUGGAGUCAUCGGCUGGGCCUUCGCCCUGGAGCAGCCCGGCUACCAGAACGGCUUCAGUCUGAUCGGCGGGGUGUUUUCCCGGCAGGCCGAGGUGAUCUUCCAGCCCGGCAACGAGCGUCUGAGCAUCAAGCAGCAGUUUAAAGGAAUCGACGAACACGACCACCUGGUGGUGAGCACCGAGCUGGAGGGACGUCUGCCUGCCAUCCCACUGGGAUCCUCCGUCCAGAUCAACCCAUACAAGGAGAUCUACCAGUACGACAGAAACCUGAUCACUUCCUCAUCCAACCGCGACUAUACCAUCACCUCCCCUGACGGUGACGUCCAGACGAGAAGCUACCAAUGGCGACAGACUGUCACCUUCCAGGGCUGCCCACAUGACGAGGCCACCAGGACGGCGCCGUCCACCCAGCAGCUCAGUGUGGACCAGAUCUUUGUGAUGUUCGAUUCUGGCAACCGUCUGAUCCGCUACGCCAUGAGCAACAAGAUCGGAUCCGUCCACAGCGGUAUUCCAGAGCAGAACCCGUGUUUCACAGGAAGACACGGCUGUGACAUCAACGCUAUGUGCCGACCAGAGGAAGGCCUCCAGUUCACCUGUGAAUGUGCUACUGGUUUCACUGGAGACGGACACUACUGCCACGAUAUCGACGAGUGCAGGGAGACUCUUGAGGUCUGUGGAUACAACGCCGUCUGCAGUAAUCACCCCGGAACUUUCCGCUGUGAGUGUUCGACCGGCUUCGUGUUCGCCAGCGACGGAAAAACCUGCACUGAGGAGAACCGCCCGGUGGAUCACUGUCAGAGAGGAAGUCAUGACUGUGAUGCUCCUGAAAGAGCUCUCUGCAGCUACACCGGGGGCUCUGCCUUCGUCUGCUCCUGCCUGUCGGGGUUUGUGGGUGACGGCCGGGUGUGUCGAGACGUAGACGAGUGUGAGCAGGAUCGAUGCCACCGCGACGCCUUCUGCUCCAACACGCAGGGCUCCUUCUCCUGUCAGUGUCAUCCCGGUUUCCAAGGCGACGGCUUCCAGUGCAGCCCCACGCCCACAGAGCGUGAGACGACCCUGUGUGAGCGUCACAGAGAGAGCGCCCAGACUGCCACCUCCGGCUCCGGUAUCUUCUCUUUCUUCCGUCCUCGUCCGGCCGUCGGUCAGUACGUCCCUCAGUGUGACCAACACGGAGCCUACGAGCCCACACAGUGCCACACUAGCAUCAGACAGUGCUGGUGCGCGGACGCCAACGGCCAGGAGGUCCCCAACACCCGCACCGGACCCGGCACCACCCCGCUGUGUAUCAACCAGGCAGUGACUCCUGCUCCGGUGGGUCCGACCCCACGCCCUGACGUUCACCCCGUCGGUCCAGGAACAAACCUGCUGUUCGCUCAGAGCGGGAAGAUCGAACGCGUACCUCUGGACGGAUACAACAUAAAGAAGGACGAGGCCAAACCUCUGCUGCACAUCCCCGACCGGGUGGUCAUUGCUAUGGCUUACGACUGUGUGGAGAAGAUGGUUUAUUGGUCCGACAUCACCGGGCCGGCUAUCAGCAGGGCCAGUCUGAGUGGAGGAGACAUCAUCCCGGUUGUCACUACAGAGCUCCAUAGCCCUGAAGGCAUCGCCGUUGACCACGUGGCCCGCCUCCUCUUCUGGACCGACUCCAUGCGUGACACCGUGGAGGUUUCCAAACUGGACGGCAGCCAGCGCCGAGUCCUGUUCGACACCGAUCUGAUCAACCCUCGACCCAUCGUCACCAACCCGGCGUACGGGCAGCUGUACUGGGCAGACUGGAACAGAGACGGGCCGAAAAUUGAGAUGUCCAACAUGGAUGGGACAGACCGGGCCGUCCUGGUGAAAGACGACCUGGGGCUUCCCAAUGGUCUGACCUUUGACCUCAGCGACCAGCAGCUGUGCUGGGCCGACGCAGGAACUCGUAAGGUGGAGUGUAUGGAUCCUCACCGCAGGCUCAGGAGGACGAUCGUUGAAGGGAUCCAGUAUCCCUUUGCUCUCGUCUCCCUUGGAAAGAACCUUUACUACACCGACUGGAGGAGGGAGGCGGUGGUCGCUGUGGAUCGUCACUCAGAGAAAGAGACAGAAGCGUUUCUGCCACAGAAACGCUCUCGGCUGUACGGCAUCACCACGACACCGACACAGUGUCAACAAGUCUACAACUACUGCUCCAACAAUGCCGGCUGUUCUCACCUGUGUCUGCCGCGGCUCGGCGGGUUCACCUGCCGCUGCCCGGACGCCGAUGACGGACGAUGUGUAGAGAGGAACCUGUGAGGUCUGCAUAGCCACGAUAACACUGCUGCUGUGAGAGAAAAAACAAAACACAUUUAACUCAAUUUGGUGUUUCUUUUUUACAUUUUCUUACUUGAAUUGAACAUUUCUACAAUCAUUUCAGAGUUUUAUGUGUUUUUGUCCCUUAAAAGCUGUUCAGACCUCACAGUAUUUAUGAUGUCACACUGCAGGUGAGAAUUUUACUUUCUUCCUGUAAAUGUUGGAUUCAGAUAUAGAUUGAGCUGUUUGUGCAGCAUGUGUUUGUAAUCUGAUUCCUGGUUGGAGAGUUUCUCUCCAAAAUGAGAACAAAGACACUAAAUUUAAAAUACAGGGAUUUUUUUAAAGACAGCAGGUAAACUAAAAACACUUUGACCGACCAGAUGAUCAUUAUUUGAAAAGGUACCAAAUGAUAAACUUCACGUUGUGUUUUUAUUGUAUUUUAAAAGUGAAACUCCUUAUUGAUUUCUUAUAGAUGUGGUCUGAAAGAUAACUGCGAAAAACAAUCCGAGGGGGCCUUAAAAUUACAUUUUUAUUUUAAAAAAGCCUUAAAAAGGUUUCUGAAAAUGAAAACUAUUGACACUCACCUGAACAAAAACCUUCAGAAGUUACUGAAACUAUUCCCGGAAAAGCCAUCGUGAGCUUCUGUCAAAAAAGCAGACAGUAUCCCAAACUUAGUCAAAUCUGAAUCACGUAAUUCUUGUUGCUGUAACACCAUCUAUUGGCGAAAGGCCAAUUUAUCAUAUCAACUAUAAGGGACAUAGAUUUAACUGCAACAGCUCCAUGUGUUCAAGAGUAACAGCAGUUUGGCCAUAUUCUUGUAGUUGUGGCUUAUUUGCCAGUUACAAGACAAUGGUACGAAAUAUCUCAAAACAAAAGCAUCAUUUUUGGGUUAAUCCAAAUAUAUUUUGUAACGCAUUUAGUGAAGGCUGGAUGAAAUUUGUCGAUACUUGUGGACUGAUUUUAGGAAUCCAUCCAAUAUUUUUUUAACCAAAAGGUAAAGUGACCAUUUGACGACACUUUAUUGUCCACCAGAUUUUAUCACAAAUGUAGCCGACAUGCUCCGAACAGCCAAUAAAUAGGACUGAAAACAGAGAUGAGUUGGUGUAACUUGGUGUAUAGAUCUGACUGGAUGAUAAAACCUUAUAGACGUUGACCUGCACUCCAUUAAAUCUUCUACUAGUUUCCACAUUGAACAGAAUUGAAUACUAAUUUACCGCAGUGACUUCUCAAUGAAUUAUACGGGAUGUUGUCAGUUUUUUUCAAAAUGAUCACAAAAUCCGUUUUGUGUGAAAGAUCAUCUGACUGAGAAUUUUUUUAAAUAGCCAACUAUUUAAACAUGUAUAUAUAAACCAUUAGAGGAGUUUUUUCCAGUUUAAUUUGUAAUAAAGUGAAUAACGGACAAACUACAGAGAUCAAAUAAGCUAAAUAAAAGCUGAUUUUUUUUUUGUAUCUGACUAAAUUUAAGCAAUUUUUCAUUGGUAAAAUAAAACUCUACAGAUCUGAAAAUAUUCUAUAUUUUAACAAUCUUUUAUGAUAAAAUUAGAUUCCCCCACAACUGACACGUAUGCUCAGUAUUUUGAAAGUGGACCAAUAAUAUCACCACUAUGAUCCUGAGGUGUAAGGGCUAAAAAACCUUUUAAGACUUACAAGAUUUAUUGUAUUGUUUGUGCUACGACUCACAUUGUAUUUUUUGUAUGAACUUGUAAAUAGUUACCCGUUAUGCAGACGAUAUUCUCUUGAUGUUUUUAAUGGUGCUGAUGUUGCCUUAGAUCUACCUGAUGAUGAUUACUGUGAAGGUGUAGGCCAUGUCUGGAGACCAAGUUGUAUGUACUUCUCAUGUAAACAUCAUUUUUACAAGAAGACUUGAGCAGUGAUGAUUUAGUUCCAGUCACUGAAGUCUGUUUAUAUCUAGAAGAAAAAGUAAAGAAACAGCAAAAACUGUGAUAUUUUUAAAGCAUCCUCCAAUAUACCUGCCAAUAUUCAAAUUAAAUAAUUGAAACCAAUCAAAUUGUUUCUAAUUAACAAUUUCAAGCAUUAUGAAAAUUACCAAAAGUCUAAUUUUAAAUUUUGUUUUGAAGAUGCUCAUUGUAGCACACAGAUUUUUUGAAGCUUUCAUUUUGGUAGCAGUUAUACAUUUUCAAACAUGAAAAUGGAUUUUAAUUUGGAUUUCUAUCUGACUAUUUGUACACAAAUAGAAAAUAAAUCUCAGCUGAGCUGUACAGUUAAGUACACAUUUAUCUGUUGUAUUGUUUAAUUUAAACAAAAAUGGCAAUUCAAGCCCCACUGGUACUGGCCAAUAUGUUGUUGUUGUUUUUUUUUAAAACGCGUAACACAAACUCAUUAAGAAUUCCUGAAAUUCGGUCAUUAAAAGAACUGACUGAUAUGAAGUGAGCAAAAUAUUUUACAGUGUAAAACUAAAUGUGCUCUCUGGCGGACAAACUCUGUAAUGGAGAUUCUGUUUCUAAAUGACAAAUCAAACAUAUGUAUGUAUAUGUACUGUAUCGUUCAGGCUCUAAUGGCAACCAAAAAUAAUAUUAUUGAUGUUUAUCAGUCAUCACGGAUAUAUUAUCUCAAGAUCCCAAAAUGUCUUGGCCUUGAUUUGAUCAAAUUUGGCGAUGGGCAAACUGCCUACCAGAACGAAAUUCUAGUUUGCACAAGAAACUUUGGGUUACAGUGUUUCUCAUGGGGCUGCCCUUUUUGUUUGUACCACGCAGUAUGUAUUACAGCAGCAGGAGAAAAGUCUGAACUGGAAUCACAAGUGUUUUAGUCUCAAUUGUAAAAACAAUGAUUACAUGACAGGAACAUCACUGGGCUCAUUGUGUUGUAGGUGACGUGAAGAGCACGUCAGUGUAACGUUGGGAAAAUCAGCUCAGGUUUUUUUUUGGUGACUGAAACCCCAUCAGGGAGGAAACUAAUCAGUCCGACAGGGCUGCACAAUAUGUCUGUACUGACCAUCAGCCAAAGAGGUAACAAUAACAGCCUGUAAAGCCUCAAUAAAACCUUUUUAAAUAUAA